CCGUCAUCAAUAGAUGUGGACAGUGGACUACAUAGUAUUAGUAGAUGAUAUUUUUAUUAAUAGUAUUCUAAUAAUAUUUAAGAAAUUAUAAAGCUCACAGCCUCACGAGUCAUAGUAUUUAGUAAAAUCUGGACAACAUACGUCGGAAGGUUAGAAAGCUACCCACAUGCUGUCGAUAUGGGAGAACAUCUGCUGCGCUCUUCUCGAGCCAUAGUCAAGUUGCUCCUUUCCACGUCGCCAGCAAGAUUUCUUCGGAAUGUCGUACCGUUGGGAACAGCUUUCAUCAUGGCUCCACCUUUCCUGAUCACAGCCUGUGCGGUUAAGUGUAUUGUCCGGCCUUUCUCUGCGGAGUGGGCAGCAGCAGCAGAUGAGAUCCAGUUCCGUACGUAUAUGACCUACGUGACGACGUUCUACGAGGCCGUCAGCAACGCCAAGGUGGUCUGGCAUGGUGAAGAUGUGACACAACUCAAUGACAAGCACGUGCUACUUAUCUGCAAUCAUCAAAGUACUAUGGACUGGGUUCUCGUCUCCUCGCUUGCAAUCCGUCAGAGUCAAUCAGCACUGGGCUCGCUCCGAUAUGUGAUGAAAGCGGGGUGCAGGUACAUUCCCCUGUACGGGUUAUACUUGUACAUGCACGGGUGUCCAUUUGUAUGGAGGGAUUGGCGAGUGGAUGAAAAGUGCUUGCAACAAAGUGCCGAGUGGCUGUGCGCUGUGAAUCGCCCGCUCUGGCUCGCAUUGUUUCCAGAAGGUACCAGAUAUAACGCUAGUAGGCACAAACAGUCUGUAGACUACUGUGAGGAUCACAGUUUGCCGCCGCUUCGGCAUGUGCUCGCUCCCCGUGUGCGGGGCUUUGAGAAGACGUUGAGAGAGAUCGUCAGGCACAAACCAGAUCUGGUGAUAUAUGAUGUCACCUAUGCGUACACUCCGUGCCCAUCGGCCCUGACCAGCCACGAUAAAAGGUCCUUAAUCACCCAUCCGCAAUCAAGCACGUGUGCGUGUGUGCACACAAAUACCUGUGAGUGUAUGUGUGUGCACACAGACACCUUGACACACUUAUGCGCGUGCAGCUGCGCCCACGCGUGCGAUAAUAUCAGACAGGAACGAGUGGUGUGCAGAGGCCAGGGGCGUGCGCGUGUGAAAUCCCCGGAAGCGGAGGCCUACAGUUUCCUCACCGCGACACCACACAAACCAUUGUAUCGCGACACGCGUUCAAUGCGGAGCACAGAUACACAACAAUCAGGCACACAACCACGAUCGCAAAAAAUUCCCCAUACACAUGCACACUUCAGUCCCAACAUGUUUGUGUUUUUGGGAGGGGCAUGCUCACAAGUAGAUGUUCGGGUGAAACGGAUACCAGUGAGUGCUGUGCCUCUGAGUGCCGAGAGCAGUAGUAAGAGCCCAAAUGUAUGUGAGCUUUGGUUGCAUAACUUGUUCGUUGAGAAAGAUGAGUGGAUGGAUCGGAUAUUAUACAACCACAGUAAGCACAGCAACCAUACAAGGGACGACUCCAAAACUCAGAGACCGAAUCUUCCUCGAGGACAUAACAGAACUCAUAACACGGAAAGGAAUUCGACUCAAAAUUCUGAUGUGCUCGAACAUACCGACCAAAUAGUACACGAAGAUCCUCUACAAUUUCAUGAGGGCGCGCAAGUGCAAGUGAGCUCCAAUACAACCGAAUCGAGCACUAGAGUACACUCAAGCAGUUUCAGUAUAAAGCAUUGCGUACAGCAAGAAUGUAAGAAGAGAGGCGUCAAUUCUCUCGAAUCUGGACAGGAAGGAGGUGACCAUAAAGGAAAGGAAUCGGGUAGCCAGAUCAUGGAUGUUAGUAUAGGGGACAACAACGGCGCGAUCAACCACGUAUCCACACACGGAAUACCAGGAAUAGCAGGUACGGCAAGCACCAUAGCGCUCUUUGGCUUCUGUCUAACUCCAUACAUUGUACUUCCACAAUUUACCAGUGUGGCUCUAUUUUGCGCGUCGACUGUAUUAUCCGUCACGCUGUCGACCGUGUUGAUUACCAAGCCUGCCGUGUAGUUUGGCCCACCGGCCGAGUCGCUCAUCGCGUUCAUCUAGCGAUACAGAACAAUCCAUGAGGUGUACUCUAAUUUAGUAGCGUGCUUAAACAUUGUGACAAGCAAGAUUUCUGUUCGAAGGCCAUAGUGGCUAUAUUAUAAAUUUGAAGUUGAUGGAAGUCGUACCGGAGAAUCGAGGUUUAUGGUGGUCGCAACAAUAUUUGGAAAACGUUUGAUCGAGUUCGGGAAGCAAAAAACUAGAUUCCCGUACGUGAUAUGAAAUCAGAUUCCGUGAGACACUCUUGAAGAUACACUUUCACGCAGUAUAUUUGCCUUUGCAAGGGAAGUUCCAGUCAUCCCUCUGAUAUAUUAUUGUAUACCUUCAACACCUCCAUUAUAAGUAUCUACAGAUCUAAAUCAUCC